AACCUCUCAUCCGGUGGAACCACGCCCACCCCUAAUUUUUUUUUCCUUGUCCGCUCCCCGUGAGAUGAGGACGACGACGCGCUGCAGCGCAGCUCACCCGCCAUGGUCGGGCCUUAUCCACCCAAGCACACAUCGCCGGCAACGCAGAAAAUAAAAAAACCCGCGGCUAUCCCAUCCUUCUCCCGCAGCUGCUCCACCACGCCCAGCACAGCAUCCGCGCACGCGGCGGCGUUUCUCCGUCGCGGCGGCGCACCUCACGACGACCGCGCCCUCCGGGUCCUCCUCAAGUCCUUGACCAACACAUGUCCUGCCGCCGAGGAGGCAGAAGCUCUCCACGCCCACGUCGUGAAGCUCGGAUGCCUCGACCGCCGCCGCGUCCGGGACGGCCUCGUCGCGCUGUACCUCGCGUGCGGCCAGGGCGCCGUGGCGCGGGCCCUGUUCGAGCGGGGAGCGCCGGACGUGGUCUCCUGGACGGCCAUGGUGACCGGACACACGAGGCUAGGGCUCUUCGAGGAGGCCGCGGCGCUGUUCCUCGCCAUGGCGGACGGCGUGGCCGUCGACGCCGUGGCCGCCGCGGCCGCGUUCGCGGCGUGCGCGGGCGCCGGGGACCUCGGGCUCGCCAGGGAAACGCACCGGCGCGUCCUCGACGCCGGGGUGGCGCUCGACGUCGUCGCGUGCAACGCGCUGAUCGACAUGUACGCCAAGUGCGGCGACGCGGCGGCCGCGCGCCGGUGCUUCAGGCGGAUGUUGCCGGCCAAGAACGUGGUCUCGUGGAACACGAUGAUCGCCGCCUGCGCGCGCUCCGGCGACACCCGGGAGGCGCUCUCGUGGUUCCGGGAGAUGCAGCGUUCUGGGUGUGUGCGUCCGGACGACGCCACGUUCGUCGCCGUCCUCGGCGCGUGCGCGGAUCUCGGCGCGCUCGACGCCGGCAGGUGGGUGCACGCCUACAUGAUGGGCAGGCACACCAAGGCCGUCGUCGUCGGCAACGCGCUGCUUGACAUGUACGCCAAGUGCGGCGCGGUCGACGGUGCCAAGGAGGUGUUCGACGCAAUGCCCCGGCGGGACGUGUACACCUACACGUCCAUGAUCUCGGGGCUCGCGAUGCACGGCCGCGGCCAGGAGGCGUUAGCGCUCUUGGCCGACAUGCGGCGCGCCGGCGUGAGGCCGAACGCCGUGACGUUCCUCGGCGUCCUCUCCGCGUGCUGUCACGCCGGGCUCGUCGAAGAGGGCCUCCUCCAUUUCAAUGCCAUCCCGGAGUCCUUAGGCGUGGCGCCCGGCAUCGAGCACUACGGCUGCGUCGUCGACAUGCUAGGCCGCGCCGGAAGGUUGGACGAGGCGGAGGAGCUGGUCGCCAGGAUGCCGGCGCGGCCCGACGCCCUCAUCUGGGGCUCGCUGCUCUCGGCAUGCCGGGCGCACGGCCAUGUCGCCCGCGCCGAGCGUGUGAUGCGUCGGAUGGCUGACGUCGAUGGUGACCUGGCCGACGCCGGGGACUAUGUGCUCAUGUCGAAUAUGUAUGCGUCCAAGGGCCGGCACGGCAAGGCGGUGCAACUAAGGAAGCAGAUGAGGAGAGGAAGAAUGGACAAGGUACCUGGGUGCAGCCUCAUCGAGAUCGACGGCGUGGUACAUGAGUUCCGAGCACUUCGGCCGAGCGCCGUCAAACCCCCCGUCGCGUUGCAGGCUGUCGGCUAAACUUUUCUUUUUUUUCAUGUUUUGAACUGACUGGCAUGAAUCUUAGUUUCACAGACCAAGGGAUCAGCGGACACAUUGAAUAAUACUCCAUCAGUUACAUUAAUUCUUGUCACAAAUUUGUUCAAAAUGGAUGUAUCUAUUCCUAAACAACGUCUAUAUACAUACAUGUAAUAUUUCGAAAAGAAUUAUGAAACAGUACUCGACCGAA